UCCUUUUUUUUUUUUUUUUUAACAGGAAAAUAGGAAAAGGUUUAUUUUAGUUUUCUCCAUUUCACCCAGCACAUCCUCCCCGUGCGGUUCUAAUGACAGAGUCACCGCUUCCCACUUCCACGCGCACCUGAGUUUGUCCCGUUAUCCCUCGCCGAGUUGUAUUUGACCCCCUUUUUCUCUGCGGCUCUUGCAGUCAAACACGCGACGUUUUGUAGUAAAAAUAAUAAUCGGUUAAACCUUCGCAGGACUGGAGAAUUGGAAAUGAAGAGAGAUUUGACGUGUUUCUGUCGGAUUUGGUUUGGGAUCGCUGCUUCUUCAGGGUUGGUGAUUGGCUAUUCUAUGACUCCGCCCACCCUUGACAGCCCCAAAGAAGACCUUGUGAUCCACGCAGAUGAAACACUGACCAUUACAUGCAGGGGUCAGCGUACUCUGUCCUGGGUGUGGCCUGAGACGACCCUGGUGGGAGAGGAGCUGACUGACCGUCAGGCCGGACCCUGGCCCAGCAGAGCCCCAGGGAGAGAGGCCGAGACUGGGUCUGGAACCCCUGUUUGUACCCCCGGGGCUGGAGUUGUGGGAGACCAUCCCGUGGCUGCGGAGGGGACUGGUACGCCUGCUUCGGUCCCUGUCCAGAGAAGGGGAGUCAGCAUCCUGGAGUGUCCAGGGGAGCCUGGAAGGCCGUAUUGCAAGACCCUGGUCCUCACUGGAGCUAAAGGGAAUGAUACAGGGUACUACCGCUGUUACUACAGAGAUGUCAAGGCCGUCAUCGACGGGACCACGGCUGCUACUCUAUAUGUGUUUGUCAGAGAUUUGGAGCAGCCUUUCCUCAGGAGAAACGGAGGGAGCAACGGGGACCUGGAGACCAUCUUCAUAUCAAGAUCCUCCACUCACGUCACAGUACCUUGUCUGGUCACUGUGCCCGACCUCAACGUCACACUUUAUCUGUGGGAGACAAUGUCUAUGCCCCUGGAGGAUGAGGGUAUGGUGUGGGACAGUAAAAGAGGCUGGUCCAUCCCUAGACAAACCUUAGACUCCAGACCGUUCCUCUUCGGAUUGUACUGCCAAGCUGGACUACAGGGGAGAGUGUACCGCUCUCCCCACUACGUGGUUCACUUCACAGGAAGUCAGCUUUACGACGUCAAGCUGUAUCCAGAGGACUCGGUGGAGCUGAUCAUGGGGGAGGCCCUGACGCUCAGCUGUAAUGCCACGGUAGAGUUUGGCAUGUUUGUCGAGUUCCAGUGGUCCUAUCCUGGAAAACAGAUGAACAGUACAGUGGGCAUAGUGCACAAGCGUAAUUCUCUCUCUCGGUUCACGGAGGCCGUCAGCAUCCUGACCGUCCAAAGUGUCAACCUCACCGACACUGGCACUUACACCUGCUCUGCCAUCACUGUGGAGAAAAAAAUGGAUCUGGCAACUCAAGUCAUAGUGCACGAGAAGCCAUUCAUCAGCCUAGACUACAGGAGCAGCCCGGUCGUCGAGGCAACGUCAGGACAGAAGUCCUUUAAACUGUUAGCCAAGGUGUCAGCAUACCCCAGACCUGACAUACAGUGGUAUAAAGGUGAUAAGUUGAUCAGCCGUCGUCCAGAGUUCAACAGGAUGCGUCUCCAUCAGCACUUUAACUUAGAGAUCAGAGACGUUCACCCUGAGGAUGCUGGGAACUACACCGUCCUCCUCAAGAACACCGCGGCCUUGCUGGAGAGGAGAAUCACCAUCACACUCAUCGUCAACGUUCCCCCUCAGAUCCAUGAGAAGGAAAUAGCGGCACCAUCUAGCCCAUAUCGCCGUGGCAGCAGCCAGACCCUCACCUGUACAGGGUACGGACGUCCCGCCCCCAACAUCACCUGGCAGUGGAGGAGAUGGAGCCCCUGUGGCCUCAACAGCACCCACCGCAUGAGUCGGAGGGAUCGUAAGCCACGAAGAGGACAGCGUCUCAGACCUCAGAACUGGCAGGACCUGGACUCACAGAACACCGUUAAUGAAAUAGAAAACAUCCAGACGUCAGUCGAAGUGGUGGACGGGAGGCAGAAGAUAGUCAGCAGACUGGUGAUCCAGAACGCCAGUGUAUCAGUCAUGUAUAAAUGUUCUGCUAACAACAAAGUGGGUAAAGACCAGAAGCUGAUAUACUUCUAUGUGACCACUAUCCCAGAAGGGUUCAGUGUAGAGCUGGGUCCGUCUGAGGAACCUCUGGAGCAGGAGGAAGUGUCGCUAAGCUGCAUCGCUGACAACUACACCUACGAACAGCUCACCUGGUACAGACUGGACCCACAGGCGCUGCAGGAUGAGCGUGGUAAACCCCUGGAGCUGGACUGUCGUAGUGUCCACCUGUAUGCUGACCGCCUGGAUGGACAACUGGCCUAUCAGGAGCAGUCUAACAGCUGGGUCCUGGAGAUGACUAUAGCGAGCAUCACACUACAGGAUGAAGGGAACUAUGUCUGUGAGGUUCAGAAUAGGAGGAGCCGAGAGAAACACUGUCUACGCAAAUACAUAUCGGUUAAAGCUCUAGAAGCCCCCUGGUACAGACACAACCCGACCAAUCAGACAGUGAACAUCAGUGAGUCUCUCCUGAUGGAGUGUGAUGUAAUGGGAACUCCUUCACCACACCUCUCCUGGUUCAAAGACAACCAGCCCCUGCACCAAAUGUCAGGACUGCAGCUACAGGACGCCAACAGGACGUUGAGUAUCCAGCGAGUCAGAGAAGAGGACGCCGGUCUCUACACCUGCACCGCCUGUAAUCAGAGGGGCUGCGCACACUCCUCCGCCGCCGUCACAGUGCUGGGUUCCAGUGACAGGGCUAACGUGGAGAUCGUGAUUCUGAUUGGGACAGGCGUCUUCGCUGUGUUCUUCUGUGCUCUACUCAUCCUCAUCUUCUGCAACGUCAAACGGGUGAACCCAGCAGACAUAAAGACAGGCUAUCUGUCCAUCAUAAUGGACCCCGGGGAGGUUCCUCUGGAUGAGCAGUUUGAAUACCUCUCGUACGACUCCUCCCAGUGGGAGAUAUCUGUGGACAAACUACGACUAGGGAAGGUGUUGGGUCAUGGAGCGUUUGGGAAGGUCAUCGAGGCCUCCAUCUUUGGAAUCAGCAAGAAGAGCAGCCUGGACACUGUGGCGGUGAAGAUGUUGAAAGAGGGAGCGUGUGCCAGUGACCACAAGGCUCUGAUGUCAGAGCUGAAGAUCCUGAUCCACAUUGGGAACCAUCUUAACGUGGUCAACCUCCUGGGGGCAUGCACCAAACCCAGCGCCCCCCUCAUGGUGGUGGUGGAGUACUGCAAGUAUGGGAACCUGUCCAACUACCUGAGAGCCAAGAGAGAGUUCUUCCUACCUUACAGGGACCGCUCCCCUAAGACUCAGAGCCAGGUGAGACGCAUGAUAGAGGCGGGACAAGUGGAGCAGAGAGCCCGCCUCCCACCUUCCACAUCCUCCUCCUCUAUUGGCAGCCCUCAGAGUCAGUCAUCCAGCAAGUCCAAUCAGAAGAGCCGCUCUCCUGCUGUGGAAAAGAUGGAAGACCUAUGGAAGACUCCUCUCACUAUAGAAGAUCUGAUCUGCUAUAGUUUCCAGGUGGCCAGAGGAAUGGAGUUCCUGGCCUCGCGAAUGUGUAUCCACAGGGACCUUGCAGCGUACAUCAGGAACAUCCUGUUACCAGAGGAUCUUUACAUCAGGGAGAACAACGUGGUGAAGAUCUGUGACUUUUCAGGGCCAACAGCAAACCUAACGGCAGAGGAGCUUUACAUCAGGGCCAACACAUCUGCCCGUCUGCCACUGAAGUGGAUGGCUCCAGAGAGUAUAUUUGACAAGGUCUACACCAGCCAGUCUGACGUCUGGUCCUUUGGUGUUCUACUCUGGGAGAUCUUCUCUCUGGGUGCAUCUCCGUACCCAGGUGUCCAGAUCGAUGAGGACUUCUGUAAACGACUGAAAGAUGGAACCAGGAUGAGAGCUCCUGAAACAGCAUCUCCUGAGAUCUAUGGUAUAAUGCUGGCCUGCUGGCAGGGCGAGCCCCGAGAGAGACCUCCCUUCCAAGCCCUGGUAGAUAUCCUGGGAGACCUACUACAGGAUGACAGCCUACCAGAUGGUAAGGACUACAUCCCCCUGAAUCCAUCCCAGAGCUCUGAGGAAGACAGCUUCUCUCAGGCCUCAUCACGACCCGCUUCACAGGAGGAGAUGAGACUGGCUUGUCACAGCCUGCCCAUCAGGUAUUAUAACUGUGUGCCCUUCGCUGGCUGUGUGUUCGUGGGGCCGUCGAAGCUGUCGUCAUGCCAACCCAGAGUCAAGACGUUUGAGGAGCUACCAAUGGAAACGGCCUGGUAUAAAACCCACAACAACGGAGACAACCAGACAGACAGUGGGAUGGUUCUGGCGUCGGAGGAGUUUGACAUGAUCCAACACGAACACAGAGGAGCCAAUAGUACAGAGCGCCUGGUGGUAGAGUCCAGCGGUAGCUCCGUUAGUUCCAGACACCGACCAGCCUUCCUCUCCCAGCUCUCUGGCCAGACCUUUUACAACAACGAGUAUGGUCAGCUGUCAGAGGAGGGCAGGGUCCUGGACUUCUUCUCCUCCCCUGAUGAUACACGCUGCCUCGCAUCCUCCAACCUGUGAUGUC